AUGAUAGAAUCACUGAACAGACUGAGAACGAGCAAAGACUGGAGAUUUGGAUCAGAAGAGAAAGCAGCUUUUGACAAGUUGAAGAAGUAUCUAGCUUCAGACAGAGUUCUAACAUUCUAUGACCCAGACAAACCUUUGAGAUUAGAUUGCGACGCAUCACCAUUUGGAUUGGGAGCGGUACUGUCACACCCAGACCCGACUAAUGGAGAUAGACCUGUUGAGUUUAUUUCUCGGACGCUUACUUCAGCUGAAAGGAACUAUUCACAAAUAGAGAAAGAGGCGUUGGCAAUUGUUUGGUCAGUUAAAAGAUUCCACAAGUAUCUCUUCGCGAGAAACUUCCAAUUAUAUGUAGACCACAAGCCGUUAGAAAUACUGUUGGACAGUAAGAAGCAAAUACCUGAGAUGGGGACAUCGAGGAUCAUUCGAUGGGCUCUCACUCUGAGUCACUACGACUAUACCAUAAAGUUCAGACCUACAGAGAAACACUGUAACGCAGACUUUUGUUCCAGAUAUCCGUUACCUGCAGAGAAAGAAGAUCUAGAACCAGAACCAACAACUGUGUUUGCAACGUACAUGGAUCAAGAAAAACCGUUGUUAAACAGCCAGUUGAUCGCUCAACAUUCAGCCAAAGACCACGUGAUCGCAAACGUGAUGUACUGUAUUAAAGAAGGUUGGAACAAGUGGAAAGAGAAAGUUGAAUCAGUGCCAGAAAAUGCGACUGAUUCAGCCUACUAUACAAGAAGAGACGAACUGAGUAUUGAGAAAGGAUGUCUAUUGUGGGGACAUCGUGUCAUCAUUCCAACGAGUUUAAGAGAUGAAGUCGUAAAGUUAUUACAUCAUACUCAUAUGGGAAUGGGUAGUACCAAAGCUCUAGCGAGAAACUACGUAUGGUGGCCAAAGAUGGAUCUUGCUAUAGAUAACAUGAUCCGACACUGUGUAUCAUGUCAGAUCAACCAGAGAAAACCAGCUAAGACGACUCCACAUCCUUGGAAGGAACCAUCAGGACCAUGGGAACGUGUACAUAUUGAUUUCGCAGGACCUUUCCUGAAUCAUAUGUGGCUCAUUGUUGUGGACUCGUACUCCAAGUGGAUUGAAGUAAACAGAUUACCUGUGGGAAAUACAAAGACUAGUGAUACUAUUAAAGCACUGACAGAGAUUUUCUGCCGAUGGGGUGUGUGUCUAGUUAUUGUUAGCGACAACGGACCGCAAUUCAUAUCUGCUGAAAUGAAACAGUUCAUGAAGAUGAACGGAGUAACACACGUUACAACACCACCUUAUCAUCCAGCUAGUAAUGGGUUAGCAGAAAACGCUGUGGGAAAAUUUAAGAACGCUAUGAAAAGAAUGAAACAGAACAACUCAGAUACCAUGUUAAACCUACAGAACUGGUUAAUGAUGUAUCACAACACUCCACACACGACAACACAAGUGGAACCUGCUGUUCGAAUGAUCGGAAGGAGAACCCGAUCAGCUCUUAGCUUACUUCAUCCGUUCACCGAUUCCAGAGAGAACGCUAAAUCUGCUAAAGAAGAGAUGGAAAGAGUAAAACAAGACACGAAACUGAGACGAUUUAAAGUGGGAGAUCAGAUAUUGUACCGAGAUCUGAUCAAUAAUAAGUGGAAGAGAGGAGUUAUUCGCAGUGUAUCAGACGUACAUUACUCCAUUACCAUGGAAAACGGAUCUACCUGUACACGUCACAUUGAUCACAUCGUGUCAUUUUAUCCAUCUGAUGCGAGAGAAGAUGUUAUUGACACCGAGCAGGAUAGGAGAGAACCGUUAGUUAGGUAUGAACGUGACUUGAAUGAGAAUGUUCAAAUUGCACCGCCUACUGAUUUGAGCAUUUCACCUAAUAUUGCUGAACCCAGUAUUACUGAUCCCUAUUGUCACUACACCAACGCAUAA